AUGGAGGAGACCUACGACGCCAUUGUUUGUGGUACAGGUUUAACAGAGUGUGUUCUCAGUGGACUACUCUCUGUGAAUGGCUAUAAGGUGUUGCAUGUGGACCGCAAUCCCUACUACGGUGGUGAGUCUGCCAGUUUAAAUCUUGAGCAGUUAUAUCAAAAGUUUAAUAAAGGCACUCCCCCCGCUUCACUGGGACGCAGUCAUUUAUAUAAUGUGGAUCUCAUUCCCAAAGUCCUCAUGUGUGCUGGGGAAUUGGUAAAGAUUCUUCGAGCCACUGUGGUGGAUCGCUAUAAUAUGGAGUUUAUGCUUAUUGACAACUCCUUCGUGAUGAAGGAUGGAAAGAUUGCAAAAGUACCGGCCACAGAAGCCGAAGCGUUAAUGUCUCCAUUAAUGGGAUUCUUUGAAAAAAGAAAAGCGGCAAAAUUAUUUCAAUUCAUGGGUGCGUAUGAUCCUCAAAAACCAAAUACACAUAAAAAUUAUAAUCUUCGAGCCAUGACCAUGUCUCAAUUAUAUAAAGAAUUCGGAAUUGGGAAUGAUACAAUUGAUUUUGUUGGUCAUGCCGUGGCACUUCACACAAAUGAUGAUUAUUUACAACGACCAGCCAUUGAAACUGUGAUGCGAUGUAAACUGUAUGAACAGUCUUUUAAUAUGUAUGAUACUUCCCCGUAUGUGUAUCCAUUGUAUGGAAGUGGGGAAUUACCACAAGCCUUUUCUCGUCUUUGUGCGGUUUACGGUGGGACAUAUAUGCUUCAAACACCUGUGAGUAAAGUUAACUUUAAUGAUCAAGGUGUGUUUGAAUCUAUUGAAAGUGGAGAUCAAAAAGCUUAUGCAAAAUUUAUUCUUGGCGAUCCUUCUUAUUUUCCAGACCGUGUAAAACCAUGUGGUAAAGUAAUUCGUUGUAUUGCUAUUAUGAAUCAUCCCAUUCCAAAUCUUAAGGUACAGUGCAAUUCCUGUCAAAUCAUUAUUCCACAAAAAGAACUAAAACGCAGAAAUGAUAUGUAUAUCCUUCAACUCGGUGCUAAUAAUAAAGUCUGCCCAGAAGGUUUCUAUAUCGCUAUCAUUGGAACAGCUGUAGAAAACUUGGCAAACCCUGAAUUGGAUAUCCAACCCGGUUUAAAGGUGAUUGGUGAAACUAUUGAAACCUUUAUUUCCGUAUCGGACUUAUAUGAACCCGUGGAGGAUGGAAGUACAAGUAAAUGCUUCAUCAGCAAUAGCUACGAUGCAGCCACACACUUUGAAAGUGCGGCGGAAAACAUUCUGGAUCUCUUUAAACGUAUUCACGGAAAACCAUAUGAUUUUGACAGUAUGAAACAACCAGGUGAAGUUGUUGAGGGUUAA